AUGACAUCGUUUUUCGAGUCAGUCUCCGAUGCUGCGCCGAUAGAAGUAUACGCAUUAACUGAAGCAUGUAAUGAAGACAAAGAUCCUAAUAAGGUCAAUCUCGGUGUUGGUGCUUAUCGCACAAAUGAAGGUGUACCGUGGGUUUUGCCAGUUGUACGAACAGUUGAGUCCACCAUGGCGUCAGAUCACAAUCUCAACAAAGAAUAUCUUCCAGUAGCCGGUUUGGAUAGCCUGUGUAAAGCAGCAUCGAAACUUAUUCUUGGUGAUACAAGUGAACUGCUCUCUUCUAAAAAAGCUGACAGUUGUCAAACUUUAGGAGGGACAGGAGCGGUUUACCUAGCAUUACAGUUUUUGUUUAACAUUUCCAAAUGCACUUCUGUCUACAUAUCCAAUCCUUCGUGGCCUAACCAUGCGGGUAUUUCACGGCUUGUGGGUUUGAAAAUAAAUGAAUAUCGUUAUUGGGAUCCUUCGUCGAGAGGGGUCAACUUUAAAAACAUGCUUGAAGACUUGACUAAGGCACCUGAGAGGGCGAUCGUCAUUCUUCAUGCAUGUGCACACAACCCAACAGGAACCGAUCUAUCUCGCGACCAAUGGAAAGAACUAGCAGAACUCAUUAAGAAGAAACAUUUAUUUCCUGUCUUCGAUAUGGCUUAUCAAGGAUUCGCAAGCGGAGAUCUAGAUAAUGAUGCCUGGGCUGUUCGUCUUUUUGCAUCAAUGAAUAUGGAAUUGUUUGUGGCUCAAUCGUUUUCAAAGAAUUUUGGACUAUAUAAUGAACGUGUAGGCAAUUUACUCUUCAUUACACAAGAUCCUGUAGUUACUUCACGUGUAAAAUCUCAAAUGAAGUCAAUUAUUCGUCAAACUUGGUCUAAUCCACCUCAACAUGGUGCACGAAUUGUUGCUACAAUAUUAAAUAAUCCUUCACUGUUCACUGAAUGGAAAUCCUGUGUAGUCACUAUGGCUGAACGUGUUCGUCAAAUGAGACAAGGGCUUUAUGAAGGACUGAAGAGCUUAGGAACACCUGGAAAUUGGGAGCAUAUUGUCAAACAGAUUGGCAUGUUUUCUUUUACUGGUUUAUCACGAUCACAAGUUCAAUAUCUUCGAUCAAAACAUCAUUUAUAUGUAAUGAAUGAUGGUCGUAUUAAUAUGUGCGCGUUAACUACAGAAAAUAUUGAACGUAUUUCUAAAGCUAUUCAUGAUGCUGUUUGUAAUAUCAAAGAAUAA